AACCAGCAAGCGUCUCCAGAAUUUCUUGUAGAUAGGCCGGACAGAGAGAGGAGAUGACGAAUUAGCUGGGCAACAUUAACAAAAUAUUAGAAAUGGCAGGAGCAGCAACAGCAACAGCAACAGGUACUGUGAAAGCGGUGGCACUCAUCACCGGAGAACCCAAUGUUAGAGGCUCUCUUCAAUUCGUCCAACGCCCCAGUGGGCCCACCCAUGUCACGGGGAAGAUAACAGGCCUAUCACCAGGUCUUCAUGGCUUCCAUAUUCAUGCUCUUGGCGACACCACCAAUGGCUGUAAUUCCACUGGACCUCAUUUCAAUCCAUUAAAGAAGGACCAUGGAGCUCCAGCAGAUGAAGAACGUCAUGCAGGGGAUUUGGGCAACAUUUUUGCUGGAUCAGAUGGAAUUGCUGAGAUUUCAAUUAAGGACAUGCAGAUACCACUGAGUGGGCCACAUUCUAUAUUGGGGAGGGCUGUUGUUGUGCAUUCUGAUCCUGAUGAUCUUGGGAAAGGUGGACAUGAACUUAGCAAGACUACUGGUAAUGCUGGUGCGAGAGUUGGAUGUGGCAUCAUUGGAAUUCAAUCAUCUGUUUAGAUUGACAGCUUUAGUUAAUCAGCAACUUAUCUGAGAUGUUUUUAUGGGAAAAGGAAAAAUGAAGAAAGAACAAUUUCCUAAAUUUUGCUGGGCUGUUCCAUCACGCAUGGUUGUAGUAACCCACUCAAUAUUAUGUAGUAUCUUGAGUGAACAAAAUAAUGUAGUUAAUAAAUAUACGAAUUGUCAACAAUAUCAUAAUGGAGUAUGAAAGUUUUAUUGGUACUA